AUGGAACUGUUAAUUAUAUUUUUCUUAGUAUCCACCACCAUAUUAUUGGUGUUAUUUCUUUUAUAUCUGGAUUCUGCGGAAUCCAAAAAUAGCAAUAAAACUAGGUGGUCGAGAUUAAAGCAAAUGAGAGAUGAAGGUGUAUUUAAAAAUAAGCCCAUGCAACUGUCUAAGGAUGUGAUAUAUGCCAUGAUGCAGAGGGGAAUUUAUUCACUAAAUACUGAUGUUGAAACAUACAACGAUGGAGGUGAGGUUCAUCGAUGGACGCGAGAGAUGCUUGAAAAGUCGUGUUCUAAGCUGGAAGAAAAUCAACUGAAUAUUUUGUCAUUUAAGAAUAUGGCUAACAAUUUUUUAGAAAAAGUGGAAAAGGAAAUUGAAAAAUACGAGGAUAGUCUUUGCAAACUGAACCACGAUUUGGAACUAAUUUCUGAGACGCACCUAUCUAUAAAAAAAGAAAUCCAAAAACAAUUGUGCCAGGGCCCAGAGAAAAACGUAGUGCGCGACGACUGCAACCGCACCUGGAUACCACCAGUGCCAUCCUUUCGAUGCCCCAUAAUUGCAGACAGCCAAGGCGAGGACAAUUUCUUGACCACAUUAGAUCGAUUUGAAAAGGAAAGAGGAAUAGCAUGA